AUAGGUUCGCCUGAUGGUGGGGGUUCGAAUCGAGUGGCUGAGCAGGAGCAUCGGCUCCGGUAUCGGACAGUAUUGAGCUGCUCGCCCGGUACGUAUCGCGAGUCUCUUUCUGGUCAACGGUUCUUGCGAUCCAGGAGACAUGUCCAAGUACAAAAUCGUGAUGGUCCGCCACGGCGAGAGCGAGUGGAAUAAGUUGAACCUCUUCUGCGGAUGGUACGACGCCGGUCUGUCAGACAAGGGCAAAAACGAAGCUGUGUCCGCGGGGAAGGCUCUCAAGGAUGCCGGGUACAUCUUCGACGUGGCUCACACCUCGGUGCUCACCAGAGCGCAGGAGACCCUCCGGUCGAUAUUGAAGGAGAUCGGCCAGGAGGAUCUGCCCGUGCAGAAAACGUGGCGCUUGAACGAACGGCAUUACGGCGGUCUCACCGGCAUGAACAAAGCGGAGACGGCCGCCAAGUACGGCGAGGAACAGGUGCAGAUCUGGAGAAGGUCGUUCGACGUGCCACCGCCGCCGAUAGAAGCGGAUCAUAAGUAUUACGAGACGAUAGUGAAGGAUCCGCGCUACGCCGACGGGCCUAAGCCCGAGGAAUUCCCCAAGUUCGAGUCUCUCAAGUUGACUAUCGAGAGAACGUUGCCCUAUUGGAACGAGACGAUCAUCCCACAAUUGAAGGAGGGCAAGAAGAUCAUCAUAGCAGCCCAUGGGAACAGCUUGCGCGGCAUAGUGAAGCACUUGGAUCAAAUGUCCAAUGACCAGAUCAUGGGGCUGAAUCUGCCGACCGGUAUCCCGUUCGUGUACGAACUGGACGAGAACUUCAAGCCCGUUGUCUCCAUGAAGUUCCUGGGUGACGAGGAGACCGUGAAAGCGGCAAUGGCUGCCGUUGCCGCGCAGGGGAAAGCUAAAUAAAUGUUGACGUUGGAUGUGUGCGUAUCAAUCUGCAAGGGACAAACCUAUCAUAUGAAGUGUUAUGAGUAUUUAUUUCACGAUGAAUCACGAGACCGAACUGAGUCGUUAUUACGAAUGUAAUUCAAGGAAGAACGGUAGAGACGUUCUUCCUUGAAGGGGCAUCCUUGUGAAAAUUGAGAAAAAUAUAUAUAAAAAUAGUUUCGUAAA